AUGUUUUUGUCCUCUCUUUUCCUUUUUUUUCUUUUUCUUUCACUUUUUCACCAUUUUUUCUUUUUUUCCACUUAUUCUCCAUUUUUCUUUUUUCCUUUUUUCUUCCACUUGUUCAACCUUUUUCUUUUAUCUUCCACUUGUUCACCCCUUUUUCUUUUUUUUCUUCCACUUGUUCACCCAUUUCCUUUUUCUUUUCAUUUAUACACCCUUUUCCUUUUUUCUUCCUCUUGUUCACUGCUUUUUCUUUUUUUUCUUUCACUUGUUCACCUUUUUUAUUUUAUUUUCUUCCACUUGUUCAUCGUUUUUCUAGAUUUUUCCACUUGUUCACACCUUUUCUUUUUUUCUUCCACUUGUUCACCCUUUUUCUUUUUUUCUUUUUUCUUCCACUUGUACCUUGUACAUACUUUUCCUUUUUUCACCAUUUUUCUUUUCCCUUUUUUCUUUCAUUUGUUCACCUUUUUUCUUUUUUCCUUCUACUUGGAUACCCUUUUUCUAGAUUUUACCAAUUGUUCACCCUUUUUCUUUCUUUUUCCCAUUUGUUUGCUCAUUUUUACCUUUUUUCUUCCACUUGUACACCCUUUUCAUUUUUACCUUUUUUUCUCUUGUUCACCUUUUGUUCAUUUUUCUUUUUACCUUCCACUUGUUCACCUGUUGCCUUCAUUUUUCUACUUGUUCACACAUUUCCUUUUUUCCCCCCCACUUGUUCACUCUUUUUCUUUUUUCUUUUUUUCUACUUGUUCAUUCUCUUUCCUUUUUUCUUCCACUUCUACACCCUUUUCCUUUUUUUCUUUUGUUCACCCAUUUUCUUUUUUCUUUCACUUGUUCACCCUUUUUCUUUUUUCCUUCCACUUUUUCACCAUUUUCCUUGAUUUUUCCACUUGUUCACCCUUUUUCUUUUUUCUUCCACUUUUGUUCACAUUUUUUCUUUUUUUCUUCUGCUUUUUCACACUUUUUCCUUUUUUCUUCCACUUGUUUACAUUUUUUCUUUUUUUUCUUCUGCUUGUUCAUCAUUUUUCAUUUUUUCUUCCACUUGUCCACCCUGUUCUUUUUUUCCUUUUUUCUUCCACUUGUACACACUUUACUUUUUUCUUUUUUUUUUGCUUGUUCACCCUUUUUCUUUUUUCCCUUUUUCUUUCACUUAUGCACCCUUUUUCUUUUUUCAUCCACUUGUUCACCCUUUUCCUUGAUAUUUCCACUUGUUCAACCUUUUUCUUUUUUCUUCCAAUUAUUCACACUUUUUCUUUUUUUUUUCCACUUGUUCACUUUUUUUCCUUUUUUCUUUCUCUUGUUCACACUUUUUCUUUUUUCUUCCUCUUGUUCACACUUUUUCUUUUUUCUUCCUCUUGUUCACCCUUUUUCUUUUUUCUUCCUCUUGUUCACACUUUUUCUUUUUUCUUCCACUUAUUCACACUUUUUCUAUUUUCCUUUUUUUCUUCUACUUGUUCACUUUUUUCUUUUUUUCUUCCACUUGUUCACCCUUUUUCCUUUUUUUUUACACUUGUACACCCUUUUCCAUUUUUUUUCCAUUUUUUUCUUCCACUUGUUCACCUUUUCUCUUUUAUUCAUUUCUUUCAUAUACUGUGGACAAUUUUCAUCCUGCUUUUUCUUCAAUAUAUCUUUUCCUCCUUCAUCAUAUUUUCGCCAUCGCUUUCUCCUUUAUUCCUUCUCCAUAAAUUCAUCUUCCUUUUUUUUUUCUUUCUUCUAUUUCUUUCUGAUGAAGAAAAAACAAGAAGCAACAGAAAUGUGCUUAUCUCUGGAAUAAAUGACAAAAGAACUUUUUCUUUGGUCCAGUGCAGUUUUCACAUUUUAUUUUCAGUUGGCUUUCAUAAAUCAUUUGUGAGAUGA